CUUUCACCUUUCCAUUGGUAAUAUGUUGAUGACAUGAGCAAAUAGGGUGCAAAGUCAAACCGUGUGUUACAGCUGAGAAUCUAUAUGUGCAGUAUGAUCAAAAAGAUUAAUUGGGUAAAACCGAAGAGAGAUCAUUGAUAUCAUUUAGAAAUCUGAUUUUUUUGCUUCAAAAUCCGUUUGUGACAAAAGAUGCUAGGGCUGACAGAAGUCCAUGACCUUUAAUGCCCCUCGUAUUCAAAGAAAUUCAAUAACCUUCUGUCUUCACUGCAGUUUUUAUUGCCCCAGGAUUAUGGAUCUGAAACUGAAAUCCAGGCGCUUAUAGGAAGAGCACUGUGUCUAAUACUUUCCAACGCAAACAAUGAUUAACUGCAGCUGCUCAGAGUCAAACUUUGUCCUUAGUUUUCCCAUGAUUCCCUGUUUUGAGUUGUGGCUGGACAUUGCUCUUCAGAGGGAGACAUACAGUGAUCAGAUUAUGGACACUAAUUCUUCCGCUCUGAGAGUUGGAAUCGUUGGAUAUGGACACCUCGGGCAGUUCCUGGUGGACAAACUCCUUGAAGCUGGAGCUGGUCUUGGCUUGGUUCUGGGUUUUGUCUGGAACCGGAAUCCCAACAAGCUCGUGGGUUCAGUCCCUGCUGAACUGAUACUCGAUGACCUGCCGUCCUUCGCAAACAGGCGGUGUGAUGUGAUUGUAGAGGUGUGUCAUCCACAGAUCGUGAGAGAUUUUGGACUCAAAUUUCUCUCUGAGGCUCACUUCAUGGUGGGAUCUCCGUCUGCCCUUUCUGACCCUGAUCUGAACCAGAAACUGCGGAAGGCAUCUCUAGAACAUGGCAGGACACUUUAUAUACCCAGCGGUGCAUUAUGGGGAGGCCAGGACAUCCAAAGAAUGAACGAUAGUGGGACAUUAAAGGCUUUGUUCAUAAGAAUGUCCAAGCAUCCGUCAUGCUUUCGACUGACAGGAGACGUCCUCAGUGACUGGACAGAAGGAGAGGGCAGGCGGGUUUUGUUCAGAGGCUCAGUGGCAGACCUGUGUCCUCUGGCUCCUAACAACGUCAACACCAUGGCGGCAGCAGCCGUGGCGGCAGGAAAGCUCGGCUUUACAGGAGUUCAGGGAGAGAUCGUAUCAGACACAGCGCUGAAAGACUUUCAUGUGGUGGAGGUGGAGGUGACUGGGCCUGAUGGGUUCUCAGUGCACACAGUGAGGAGGAAUCCAGCCAAACUCGGCGCCGUGACUGGCAGCGCAACAUACAACUCUUUCUGGAACAGCUUACUCAUUUGCAGAGGUCACGGUGGCAGAGUUUACUUGUGCUGAACCCUGGAGGAUUACCUGCAAUGUAGGAGGAAGAUCUCCAACCAAAUUCCAGAUAAAUUAAAGAGCUCAGGAUGGAUACGCUGCACGUAUGGUGGAUCUCUACAUUAGCGCGUUACUUGGCUUUGUAAACUCGCCGACCUUUCGAUAUGUUUCAAUGAACUGAAAGCUUGGAAUAAAACAAAAGACAGAAAUCAUGGGUAAAAUACCAA